AUGGAUUUCGCGUUCAAGCGUCAGGACGAUACGAGCAUAACGUAUGAAACCACUAAAAUCGUGCCCUUGACCUGCCAUGGCCACUCACGUCCCAUCACGCACGUGUCCUUCUCCUCCCUCCUGGCCAGUUCCGGUGCUGCAUCGCAGUACUACAUGAUCUCCGCAUGCAAAGACAACAACCCCAUGCUCCGCGAUGGUCUGACUGGUGACUGGAUUGGCACCUUCAUCGGCCACAAGGGCGCCGUAUGGAGUGCCCGGCUGUCUGAUGAUGCAACGCUUGCAGCUACCGGUUCCGCUGACUUCUCCGCCAAAGUCUGGGACACCUUCACAGGCCAGACUCUGCAUACGCUUCAGCAUAACCACAUUGUUCGUGCGGUAGCAUUCCCACCACAGGCGAAACCACAGGUCCUUGCUACCGGAGGUAUGGAAAAGAAGCUUCGCAUCUUUGAUCUAUCCCGAACAGGCGGCGACACUCGAUCUCCUGGCGAGUCAACAAACGGUGUCAACGAUGGAGUAGAGCCUCCCUCGUAUGAGAUUGGCGCAGGAGAGCAUCAAGGCGCGAUCAAAAGCAUUAUUUGGUCCAGAGACCCAAACAUCAUGACUACUGCGGCAGAUGACAAGAAGAUUCGCUGGUGGGACUUGCGUGCGCGGUCAAUGGUGGCUUCUCACGAUAUUGACGGCUUGCCUACAUCCUGUGAGCWCAACACGGGACUGAACGGGAAUGCCGACGGAAUAGUGAGCGUGGCCGCAGGGAAGAACAUUUACUUCUUCGACGGCGCACGACCGGGCCAGCUGAUCAAACAMAUUGCCACCGACCGGGAGGUUGCGAGUGUUGCGCUCAAUGGAGAGGCCAAGCGUUUUGUUACGGGCUGCCCGAAUGACACUUGGGUUCAUUUGUGGGAUUGGGACAGUGAACAGCAGAUUGAGAUGGGCAAAGGUCACCACGGACCCGUCUGGACGACGUGCUUCAGUCCCGAUGGAAAGCUCUACGCUACUGGUAGUGAGGACGGAACGGUGAAGAUGUGGAAAUUCGCUGAAGGUCCUUAUGGACUGUGGCGGUGA